CAAAAACAACGAAUCAUUGAAGAGUUUCAGGAACGAAUUCAAGUGUAGCUCGGCGUUGCGGCGGCGGCAAAACAAAGUUUCUUAAAUACUCCUAAUUUGCGUGAUUCAGCAAAUUGUCUCGUCCUGGUUGAACCCGAAUUUGACAGCAAACAAGCUGCGAGAGCUUCUGGACCAUUUUGAUGGGCUUUGCUGUAGAAAUUUAAGAAAUGUUAGAAAUACAAAUAAUCAAGAUUGAAGAUCCGGGAUGCCUGUGGGCUCGAGUUCUGAAAGGAUCAGGCAUUCAGCCGGACAGUCCAGAGGAAUAUGAGAACCUGAGAGUGAAAAUGAACCUCUUCUACCACGAGGUUGACCUGGACGUCCAGAAACUAAAGCCUGCUGAACUGAAGGAAGGGCUGGUGUGUGUGGUGUUCAGUCUGGCUCUGAAGAGUUGGUGUCGAGCUGUGGUUGAGUCUGUCUCUCAGGGGACGGUGGACACGCAGGCUUGGUGCUUGUUAGUAGAUCACGGAGAUCGAAUCAUCGUCGGAGCAGAGGAUGUGCGAACUCCUCUCGAGAAGUUCCUGCAGCUUCCUUUCAGAGUGAGGUGCUUUAAACUGGCAGGAAUUCGUCCGAUGACACUUCAGGUGCCCGUCUCAGAAAACACAGCAGAGCUUGUUCCAUCUUCAACAUGGGACAGCUCUGCCACAAAAUACCUGCACAAUCUAUUACAAGUGUCGACUCUGGUUGAAGCCGUUCUGUGUGAAACGCAAGCAGGCUGCUCUGCCAUUGAGCUCUACUUGACUAUUAAUAAUACGAAGCUGUGUGUGAACCAUGAGCUCGUGGCGAAGAAGUUUGCCUGUUUCCUGAAAGAGGAGUCCAGUGCGCUGGAAGGGAACCGGAAUGGAGAUCGUGCUCCUAUCAGCCUGGCAUGGGACAUCUACUCCAGCCCUCACCAGCUCUUAGAAAUGAAAGGAUGCUGUCCUGUCAAACCUCCACCAUUCUCCAUUCUCACCAGAAAAGAGCAGAAAGAUGAUCCUCGGACAGAAACAGAAGACGUUUCUCAUCUGGAGAGGCAGAAACCACAGUUGUCCGAGGAAGCAGACAUGCUAUCUCAGGUUAACCCUCGAGUCUCUAAACUAGCCCGCAAUGCUGGAACGGAUACUAUUGGCAGAGGAUGGCGUAUCAGAGCCGAGGCCACUGACAUCUUCACAGAUGAACGCUGUGCUCAGACUAAUAUACACAAGCCUCAAUACAUGAAGUUUAACACACUUUCACAUUCAAAGCAAAUUCCUCAAUCUUUUGAAGAGCAGCAGCACAGUCCUGAUCAAACGGACAAUAACAGCAUCGCUUCAACACCAGCUGCAAGUUCAUCAUGUGCGAGCGACUCCUCAGAAGAACAGAAAGUGGCAGCUCCCUCACAAGAGUCCAGUCUUGAAGAUCAACUGACCUCUUCUAGACUUAUGCAGUUUCUGAACCCUGAUCCACUCAAUCCAGCCCAAGAGUCUCUUGAUGCCAAAGUUGUACGCUGUGACCCGGGUCACUCAGGAGUUUUAGUGCACGCCGCCCUUCGUGUUGAACCCUGCAGUAACCUGACACGUGCACCCAUCAGUGAGAAAUUCAGAAAGCCCAUAGCAGUGAUCCUGUGUCCAGGGUGGGAGAAGGUUCAGACAGUGCUGGAGCUCCUGGAGGACAGUAAAGCAACUUACAACCUCCAUCCCACCAGUGUGCUGCUGGGUGUGGACCAGGAAGAGCCCAAAAAGUUCAAGAUCCAGAGGAACUGUCAGUUGCUGGUGACAACACCGUUUACAAUGAUGAGGCUGCUGGAUGCUCAGUGCUUCCUGUUCCUGAGACUGUGUCACCUGGUGCUGGAUGAGGCUGAUGUCCUUUAUUCACAAGCACCUGAGCAGAUGUCAGUAAUCCUGAAGCACUUCCAGAAGGUGGUCUCUGGAGAGGAGAGGUCCUCGUGCCCCAGGCAGAUCAUCGCGGUGGGCAGCCGCUGGAGCGCUGGGAUAGAGGCUCUGGUCAGAGAGCACAUGAUUUACCCCUCCAUCAUCAUAACCGUGAUGGAGGAGGCAGCUCUGUACGGCAGGGUACAUCAGAGGGUUCAGCUGUGUCUGGACUGCGAUAAGAUCUCCGUUCUGCUCGGAUCGCUGGACUUCCACCCGCCCAAACCCCAGAAAACCCUCAUCAUUACCAACUCCGCUGAGGAGACCGAACAUGUGUAUAAGGCUGUGGUCAACACUGCCGUGUUCACACUGAAAGCUCAUGAAGAUGUGACGGAUCAGUUUGACUUUGUCAUUGAUCAGUGGAGAAAAGACAUUGGCCAUGGAACGCAAGUCAUUCUGGUUACCACCAACGACUGCCUUAAGGCUCUCGGGAUCCGGGACGCCACAUGCGUGGUGCAUUAUGGGUUCCCCAGCUCCCCCAAGCUCUUUGGCAGCCGUCUGUUCUGCCUGUCAGAGAAUUUCAGAAACCUUCCAGACAUGGAUCAUGCCGAGAGCUCCUCUCCUGCAGCUCAGUCGGUGUUGCUGCUGUCGGAGCUGAACGCCCGUCACGUGUGUGGCGUCCUGCGGUACCUGAGGAGAAGCGGCGCGGUUCUGCCCCCUGAGCUGCUACAGUUUGCUCUGGUUACCACCAACGACUGCCUUAAGGCUCUCGGGAUCCGGGACGCCACAUGCGUGGUGCAUUAUGGGUUCCCCAGCUCCCCCAAGCUCUUUGGCAGCCGUCUGUUCUGCCUGUCAGAGAAUUUCAGAAACCUUCCAGACAUGGAUCAUGCCGAGAGCUCCUCUCCUGCAGCUCAGUCGGUGUUGCUGCUGUCGGAGCUGAACGCCCGUCAUGUGUGUGGCGUCCUGCGGUACCUGAGGAGAAGCGGCGCUCUUCUGCCCCCUGAGCUGCUACAGUUUGCUCUGGGCGUCCAGCAGGCCAAAGAGGAGCAGAAGACAGACAGACCCCUCUGCUCCUCGCUCAAGAGCUUCGGCUUCUGCAGAGACAGCACAGUUUGUCCGGAUAGACACAUGAUCAACAAAUCCCUGGAUCAUCCAAAGCACCCUGACUCUGGGACUGUCAUGGUUUUGCCGCUGUGCAUAAAGUCAGCGAAUGUGUACUCUGGCCGCAUCGUGAGCCAGAAAGACGAUGGUUAUGAGACUCUCGCUGUUCAAAUGAACGCACACUACGCUAUUGAGAGACGCUGUGCUGUGGAAGUGCUGAAGGGAGAAUUAUAUGCCGUUCAAGAGGAGAAUAUCUAUAACCGGGUGCGUGUGAUUGAAGUGCCGGAAAAAGGAGAGCAGCUGUUCAGUAGCGUCACUGCCUGCUUCAUAGAUGAGGGCCGCACACAGGAAGUGAAAUCACACCAGCUACUCCAACUUCCUCCUCAGUUUCAGGAUUUGCCAGGCCAGGCUGUGGAGAUCAUCCUGUGCAGAGCGCAGCCUGUCGACGGGGAGGUGGACUGGAACCCGAAGGUGACCAGAGCCAUCAGUCAGAAGAUCAAAGGGAAGCUGCAUCAGGCCAGGGUUGUGAUGAGUGUGGGAAAUACUGUCUGGGUUGAUCCUAUGGUGCGCAUGACACGUGUUCCUGGUCUGAAGACCUACAUUAAUGAGUAUAAUGUCCAUGCUGAGAUCGUGGCCUCUGGGUUUGGUGUCAAUAAUCCUCAGCACUUGGACCUGCUGAAGAGAGUUUUCCAGGGAGACGAGAACGCAAACACGCUCCAGCACUUGACAGAUGACAGGUUUGAGAGCCCUUCGUCAUCCUCACAGCAGAGAAUUGAGGUUACAGAAGACGUUCUGACCAGUAGGAUGAAGGAUUUAGUCAGCAGUCAUAAUGCCAUGGACUUCAGCCAGACUCCCAUCAGCCCCCAGAACAACAGUGCUGUCCAGUGCAAUGGAGACCUGAAGGACAGUGAUGAUGAUGAUGAAGAUGAAUCUUCAGAGGGAAGCAUGAAUACCAUGAG